CAAAAGCACAAGUAAUAUGUGUUUCUUCCAUACGAGUAUCAUAACAAGAACCAUGAAUGAUGAUAUGAUGGUCUCAGCAAAGACAACCGCAAUACCUGUAGGACAUUGCAAAUUUAUUAUUUGGUCCUGUUGCUUGCAUUGUAUUAUUUGGUCUACGUACCGGAACUGAUAACAUUCGAGAUUAUGCAAGAUCUUUUUUGGCUCUCUCUUUAGCCCUAUUCCUCUUUUUCCUAGGGGUCUUCCUCCACUAGCAGGUUUUUUUUUCCCGAAAAACUCAAUUUAUUCUGGUGUGGAUGGCUCGCAACGCCUAUAUUUCUUGGUACAUUAUUGAUUUGUGCAAGACAAUGUGUCACUUUGUGUAGUAUACUAGUAUGUGUACCGAUUUAUCUUUGUUAAUUUGUGAAGAUGCUAAUCAAUUCUAUUUCAAGGGACGACAAUAAAUCAUAAUAUAGCAUCUCUUUAUUUGGCAUUGGCUAAAUUUUAUCAUGUAAAUUUUCUUAAUUAUUUUGAGAGAAAUAUGAUCCCCUAAUUUAUAGAAAAACAGCGAAUUUACUUAAUUUAUAAACUCAAUUAUAGGUAUAAUCCAAUUUUACAAAUAAUACAGGCAUGUUUAAUCAACACCAUUAAACUCAACCAAAACCACCCUUAUAUAAACUCAUUCCCAUUCCCAUACUUUUUCAUCCUCAAACUUCUCUCACUUUUAAUUCUCUCCAUAAUAAUAAAAAUCACUAAAACAAUGGCUACCUCCAAUAAUAUUACCUUAGCCAUUGUUUUGGUUAUUGGGCUUACCAUAUCCCAUUCCCAACUUUGUUGGGCCAAAAUAUCACCUGAUUGGCUUCGAGCCCUACGUAAAAACCCAAAUAUUGACCCUAACACGCCACUUAGUGACUUACUUACAGGUAAAGUUAACCCAUCCAAUAACAAGCCGAACCCGGUCAAGGCACCCGUGGUUGACAAAGCGGUUAAGAAUGUAGUGAACCCGGUUACCCGACCCGUUGGUAAUGCGGCUAAGAAGGUAGUGAACCCGAGUGUUAACCCGGAUGUCCUACCUGAAAACCCAAAUGACUUCUUAAUACCACAAAACGCAGCCCGUGCAAAAGUGCAUGUACAACCAUUUAUAUGGAACGAAACUCUAGCAGAAUUUGCACGAUCAUAUGCACAAGAAAGAGCAAAUGACUGCAAAUUACAACACUCUCAUGCACCACAAAAAGGUGAGAAUAUUGCACGGUCACCAGGUGUAUUAACCGCAGCUAAAGCUGUGGAAAUGUGGCUCGGAGAAGAACCCAAUUAUAAUGCUGCAUCAAAUACUUGUAACAAGGUUUGUGGACAUUACACACAAGUGGUUUGGAGAGAUUCCACUAGUAUUGGUUGUGCUAGAUCAAAUUGCCAAAAUAGGGGACUUUUUGUUACUUGCAACUAUUAUCCUCCUGGAAAUUAUAUAGGGAGAAGACCUUUUUAAAUUUUCAAUUUUUCUUUCCAAUCUGUGCCGAGUGCAUGUGUAAAUAAUUUUUUUUUGUUAUGUAAUUCUGUAAUAUAAUGAUAUAGAAAUUGUGAGAGAGAGGGAUAGUCUAAUGAUUAGAGCUUUCCUCCUGAUUCCAAUAGAUAUUGGGAUUGAUUCUCACCUACGUAUAGUGUUAUCUAUCUAUAUAUCUAUGUUUAUGUAAUAUAUAAAGAGAACACGCUUUUUUGAGCGUGAUAAAUUUCACUUAAUUGAUAUACCCUUUCUCAUUUCUCAAUAUUACAUCAAAGUAAACUACUUCCUCCGUUUCAUGUUACUCGCUACACUUCUCAAUUUACGGACUCCUAGGCAAUUUUUGGAGAAGAGAGAGUAAAAAGAAAAGGGACCCAUGUGGGAGGAGAGAGAUAGAUAGAGUUUAUUGCCCAAAAAAGAAGUGUAACAAGUAAUGUGAAACUUCCGAUAAUAGAAAGUGUAGCGAGUAUUUUGAAACGGAGAAAGUAUAAACAUUUUCGGUUACCAAACUCACAAAUAAUAGAAGUUUGGAUUUUUUUUUUUGUUGUUGUCAAAAACCACUUUAUAAAACAUGAAAUUUAUAAAAAACCGCCUUGUAUAAAUUUUUUUGGAAAAAUUGAUUAUAAUAAUCUAACCUUUGAGCCAUUCACUCAAAUUAAUCUUACUUUUUGAUUAUUUUAUUAAUAAUCCAACCU